AUGGAUGUCACCAGCGGGAUGAGGCCCAUUUUUGGUGGAUAUCCUUUCCAAGGGCAGGGCCGAAUGAAUCAGCUAGGAGGAGUCUUCAUCAACGGGCGGCCGCUUCCUAAUCACAUACGUCUGAAAAUCGUAGAAAUGGCCGCCGCGGGAGUACGUCCUUGCAUGAUCUCCAGACAACUGCGCGUCUCCCACGGCUGUGUCUCGAAGAUCCUGAACCGCUACCAGGAAACUGGGUCCAUCCGGCCGGGCGUGAUCGGCGGUAGCAAACCGCGAGUAGCCACGCCGGAGGUCGAGGCGAGGAUCGAGGAACUGAAGCGAGAUAGUCCGGGAAUCUUCUCCUGGGAGAUCAGAGACAAACUUAUGAAGGAAGGUUUCUCGGAUCCACCGAGCGUCAGUUCCAUCAGCAGACUUCUUCGUGGUGGACGACCAGGAGACGAUGGCAAGAAGGAUUACACUAUCAAUGGCAUAUUGGGCGGUGGUCGCUGCGGUGACGAUUCUGACACGGAAAGCGAGCCAGGCAUUCCAUUAAAGCGAAAGCAACGCAGAAGCAGAACGACGUUCACCGGCGAGCAGCUCGAGCAGCUGGAAGUUGCGUUCCAGCGGGCUCAAUAUCCAGACGUUUAUGCGAGAGAAGAACUGGCCCAGAGGACUGGACUGACAGAGGCGAGAAUUCAAGUGUGGUUCAGCAAUCGUAGGGCGCGUCUUCGGAAACACGCCGGUAGUAUAGCUCAUUCGGUAGCCAGCUUGCCGUUGACAACCUGCCAAUACGCCAGCCACGAGCUCGCGCAGAUACCGCAGGUACCACAGAUGCCCGGCGGGAUACCACAGGUACCCACGACGUUGCAUCACAGUCCAACGACAACGUUGCAUCAGGCAACCGGUGGUGUGCACCAAGUCCCUGGCACCGCGAUCGCUCAGAUGGCGACCACAAUGGCGACCCAAGUGCCCACCACGAUGAGCGGUGCUCUUCAAGGACACACGGUUGCCAUUUCCGGUCACCUCAGCUCACUUCCGGCGCACGCGGCCAGCAUGCAGCUCGCGCAAGUAUCGACGAUGCAACCACCCGCCGCACACAGUGCGCCGACCUCACUUUCACAUAAUACUGGUAAUACCGAUUGGUCCAGGACGCAGCUGGGUUGGGGGCAAUUUAAUCAUUUUCAGAGCGGCGAGUACGGGUCUAGUCAUACCGGUGGUCAUCAGCAUGGAUCGCAUGUGAGUCAGAAUAUCCAGUCGAGUACCUCGAACACCGCGUCGACAACGUCGGAUUGGUACGACCAGGGCUACGAUUACACUCAGCAUGCUCAGCUUAAUUAUCAUCGCAGCGUGGGUGGAAUAUUUUAGCCGAUCGGUUAUUGUACAGAGAUUAUAGUUGGAAAAGAGAUAUUGAUGAGAUGCAAAUAUCGUUAUUGUACUUAAAAUUAUAUAAUUAUUGUAUAUUGUAUAUAUAUGUAAUAUUGUAUAUAUUUAU